AUGGCUUCGGCCUCACAAGUUGCUCUCCAACUCGGGCUGCAUCAGAUUGACUCGCCUGCGAAUAAAAGGCAGAGGGAAAAUGCAGCCGACGUAGUUUGGGACGACCUAGAGUCGAAACGCCGGAUCUGGUGCAUCUGGCUUCAAACGGACUGGUAUGAUCAUUUCCUUCAUGAACGGACCUCGGUGCGGGACAUGUCAGAUACACCCAAAACAGAUGAUUCCACCAACGCCAAUGACAGGGACAUCAACUCCUCCUGCAAGCCAUGCGCUCAACAACUGGAAACUGUCCUCACCGACAUGACCUACUCCAACCUCCGGAGCAAGAUCCCCGUAAUCUUCCGCGAAAUCAUCGACGGCACCAUCGAUUCGAACUGUGUCCAAGAGGAGCUCCUUUACGAACUCGUCUUAGCAUUUGACAAAAGGCUCAACGACAUUAUGAAAGACGUUCCGGCUUGUUUUCGGGCGGACCCCAAGAGCCGGGCUCAGAGUAAAUCGCUCGACCUCCGCCUCCACCGCCUCAUUGCGAAUGCCUUCAAUCGCCUCCGUAAUCCGUACCUAGCCCGCCGAGCAUGCGAUCCCAAAUACUCGUACAGCUGCAUAGUAUAA